CAAACUCUUGCAUCGUUGAAAAUGUUCUCUAUUCCUGCACCAAAUAUAUCAACUGUUUUACCUGCGAUAUGAUCGACAGUGAAGCAGGUAGCAGCGCAGCAGUUCAAUGAGCCCAUCGCGUUGUACGCUCAUCUUAGUAGACACGGGGCCGCGAUCGUUUGCGAUUACGCUACGGACGUUAACAAAAGCAACGGACACACCUGAAACGAGUUUUUACGCCAGUGAAACAUGGGCAAUCCGGUUAGGUCCCUCAUUUGUCGUCUGUGUUUAUCGCAAGACGAGCUCCAGGUAUCGGUGUACAGUGAGUAUGCGAGGGGUCUACGGUUGCUGGACAAAAUCAAGCGUAUACUACCGAUCGAAAUUCUUCCGGACGAUCCGUUACCGAAAACCGUCUGCAGCUACUGCAUCAUGCACUUGAACAAGUUCUACGAGUUUUACAAUACCACGCUUACCAGCAAACGGGUGCUGGUAGGAAUGAGAGAGGAUUUUCCAGACGCCCCAAACAACAGUCGCACUACAGGUGAAGGAGUGCCCGUUUUUACGAUCGGUGAUGGUGAUAGCGAUCGCGCUUCAAGCGCACGGAGCGCAUCCGCAAAGCGACCGCAAGAUUCGGAGGAAAUUCUAACACAAUCUCCACAGAUACAACAUCCACCAAUCACAAUUCCGUCGAAUAGAGCAGUUUCUCCGGUAGCGAUGCCAGCCAUCCCGAAUAAGCGACGGAAUCAGAAUCCUAAGAAAAAGCUAAUCUUCGGGACCCCCGAUUUUAAGUAGAGUAGUAACAGAAUCUAUGAUGUGUAAACUACAUGAAUUGUAAAGAAAGUUCAACUACGAAUAGGGCGC